AUGUCUUCUGCAUCGGAACAGCGAGACCUCUUCGGCGGUGCGAUCACCGUCAGCCUACCAGAGGGCUUUAUCGAUGCCAGCGACUUUCGGCAGGUUCCCGACAACCAGGAGGUUUUGGUCCGAGACGACUCGGAUGUGAGCCUGAUCGUCGAGGUGCUGCAGCUAGCCACGGACGAAGGAGCCGGCGAGUCACUCGACAGGGCUGUCAGAUUCCACUUUGAUUCGCUCGCCCACGACAAUUCGGCCAGCAGCUCCUCGAUCCAAGCGACCCAGAUCCCCACAGAGCAACAAGCGCACUCAUCCGCCACUCCGCCACCUGCACUGCUCACCGGAACGCAGCUCGUACGCAAGUUUGGCAAGUCCACCGAGCCCGAAGAGCAAGUCACCAUCCGUGUGGCGCUUUGGCGGCUCGUCUCCAAAAACAUCGAUCUUGUCCUCAGUGUCAACGAACCGGCCAACGCCUCUUCAUCACCAAUGAACCAAUCCGGCUUGGCACAGUCUGCGUUCGAGGCGGCAGCAGCCUCUCUGCAGAUCCGCGACUGGGAUCUUUUUGCGUAA